UUUUUAUGGUCCUUUUUAUGAGUUUGCUUUAUUAUGCUUCCUUAUUUGCAAACGAAUGUAUGAUUUAUGUCUACCAGCGUCUAAAAGAUUACUCUUUGUAACCGCUAUUUUAAACAUCGAUUCUCUGUUUUUGAAGAAACCAAGUAGGCACCCCUCUAAACGUGUCCAUUUUCAAAUCCUCUCGCUUGACAGAAGCUGUUGGGCAACUGCCGUCCGAGUUUUUGUAUCGUCGUGGAUUAGCUAGAAAAUGUUUCCUAAAUAAUCGCUGUUAUUUGUGUGAUUGUACUGCUUUUACAGCUCAUAAGUGUUUGUUUGUUGUGUAUUCUUUUAUCGCGCUAGCCGUUCUGUGUGUUCUGUGACGCUAGAAGCAAAAGGACUCAAACAUGAAUUCUCGCAUUGCAACCCCAAAACAUCGGUUCGGGUCAGCAGCUGCUACCGCUGGUGGUACCUCGUCGCCGACGAAAGCGUCCACUCCACGGCCGCGACCGGCCACCGGCUCCAAGUUGGCCUCCUGCCUACUUUCGAAGCGUACGCAAUUGAACACAUCAAGCUCGGAAUCAUUACCGGGUUCUCCGGCCCGAACACCCAAAAGCGCUUCCGCGCGUCUACACAACAUUGGCAAUGGACUUGAGAUGAAAUCAAAAUCGUCAACGUCGCUUAACACAAACGGUUGCUAUACACCUUCGUCUUUGUACCGAGCACCGCUAGCUUCGUCGAAAAGUGUUUCCAAAGAUUUCGGUACACCGCGCAAUGUAUUGAAGCGCGCCGUAGCACGAGAAAACCUGUUAAACGCAAGAACUCCGGAAUGCUUUUCCCGUAUUUCACUCGACAGCCCGCAAGCGUCUGGAGGGCGGCACCGUACUAGCCAAACAAAGCUAGACGAAACACAACGUAGCACAAAGGAAAAGGACAAAGAAGGUACGGGAAGUGAAGUAAGUAACCUAAAAGUCGCCGUGCGCAUCCGUCCCCUAUCGGCAAAGGAAUGUAUCGACUCGGUGGCCAAUAUUGUUCGGGUAGAGAAUAAUGAACUGUACAUAAAUGGUGGCAGUACGGCCGAUAAUCUUGCCGGUGUAGAACAUUACUUUUUGUACGAUCAUGUGUUUUGGUCGUGCAACGCCGAAGAUCCUGCAUACGUGAGUCAAACCGGAGUUUACUCCAACCUUGUCCAUCCAUUGCUCGACAAAGCAUUCGAAGGAUACAAUACCUGCUUGUUUGCGUACGGCCAGACAGGAUCGGGGAAGAGUUACAGUAUGAUGGGAAUGGAUCUGGACGAGAACUACGACGAUGCUCCGAACCCGGACGCUGGCAUUAUACCUCGCUUUUGCCACGAAUUAUUUACACGAAUAAAUGCACUGAAAGGCCAGGUGCAUGCCGAAGUGGAAGUGAGCUAUUUCGAAAUUUACAACGAGAAAAUACAUGACCUACUGUCCGUCACACCGACCGAUGGUGUGAUCACCGUAUCCACUCCCGGGCAGGGACCUAAAAGGGCCGCACUGAAGGUACGCGAGCAUCCCGUCUGGGGACCGUACGUAGUCGAUCUAAGCACGCAUCCAGUCGAUUCUCAUACGGCCUUAAGAAACUGGCUUGCCGUGGGAAAUAGCCAGCGAGCUACGGCGGCCACCGGUAUGAACGAUAAAAGUUCGCGAUCACAUUCGAUCUUUUCGGUUGUGUUGAAUUUGGUGGAAAUAGUGCACAGCAGCGAUACGGAUGAUUCGGACCGCCCAGGCAGCACAUCGGUGAAGCAGACGAAACGAAGCAAAAUCAGCCUGGUGGAUUUGGCCGGUUCCGAGCGCGUAAGCCAAACGUGCGCCAGUGGUGCACGGUUGAAGGAGGGCGUUAGCAUCAACAAAAGUUUACUGACGCUUGGGAAAGUAAUUUCCGCACUGGCAGAAUCGAAGAAAAGCGCCACCACCUACAUCCCUUAUCGUGAUUCCGUUCUUACGUGGCUUCUGAGGGAAAAUCUUGGUGGCAAUUCUCGCACGGUUAUGUUGGCCACGAUUUCACCAGCCAGCAUUCAUGUGGACGAAACUCUUGCCACGCUGCGAUACGCCUGCCAGGCACGUAGCAUUGUUAACCGCGUCAAGGUGAAUGAAGAUCCGCACGAUCGUAUCAUACGGGAGCUCCGGGCGGAAGUCGAACGGCUGCAGGUCCUGCGACAGGAUUACGAACGUCAGAAGCGUUUGUCCGAGGCCCAUCAACAGCAUCAUCCACCGCGCAAAAUCAUUAUCGAAACCUCGGUUGAUGAUGGUGAGGUUGAGGCACUGCGCCAGCAGCUAGCCGAGACGGAACAGGAGCUAUCGAAAGCUCAACGGUCCUGGCGUGAACGGUUGCAGGAAGCGGAAGAUGUUCGCCGGACGGAAAUGAAGUUGCUAAAGCGCAAAGGGCUAGCGUUGGAGCUGUCGGCCGAGCAGAAGGAACCGUGCCUGGUGAAUUUGGCGGCGGAUCCAAUGCUGUCAGGAACACUGCUGUACAUUAUUCCUCCCGGAACGGUGCAGAUUGGACGACCAUCGUCCCUAUCAUCUCCAGAUAUUGUGCUGGAGGGUCCGCUUGUUUCACCUAACCAUUGCUCGAUAGAGAAUAAAAAUGGGAAGCUAUUUCUGUUACCGGAAGCCAGUACCGAGUAUGAAACGUUCGUUAAUGGUGAACUCAUCGUCGAACGUCGUCAGUUAUUCCACGGUGAUCGAUUGGUGAUCGGUGGCUCACACUAUUUCCGCAUCUCGAACCCACUGUGUCCGAACAAAUCUACUCAGAUUAUGGUAGAUUUCCAGCUGGCUCACCAGGAGAUUCUGCACGAACAGGAGAACCGUUUGCGGCGUGAGCUGGAUGUUGAAAAACAAGCGGCCAUCGCACGUAUAGAGGCCGAACGAAUGGCUCACGAGCAGGAAUACGAAGAACGGUUAGCUUCACUGGAGUUGGAAAAAUUUAAAUACAAAUGUCGCAAGGAAUUGCUUGAAACGGAACAAGCAGCAUUGCUCCAGUCUACUAAGCAGUCUAAGCGCCAGAAGUCCGAUGGAACAAAAGAACGCCCGUCCGAUGUUCGUGAUUCGAUUGAUUGUGUUCCAUCGGCCGCGGAAUCCAAUUUAGCGGACAAGAUUCGCCAAAUAAUGGAGCACACGAGCGAGGAAAGCCUGGCGCACAUACAAAUGAUGGUAAAGGAAGCUAGUCAGCGGUGCCGUAACGUCGGUUUAGACUAUGACUUCAAGCAAACGCAGGUGUGGCAAGAUGAGGGCAUUUUCCGUGCCGUGAUCAACAUUGUCGAUCGUGCAAACGGACGAAUAGCUGAGUGGGUUCCGGCACGGUUGGAAUACUGGCUGGGGAUAGUGCGUGAACGGGAUGACUUAACCGCGGACAACAUGUUCGAAUAUUUCGACCUGAUGUGGAUCGAUGCGGCGAACCAAUCGGCAAAUGAAUCGCUUCUACACGAUUCACAAAACUCUAGCCGCAUUUCGUUAAACCUCAGUGCGGUCAAGGAAGCGAUCCGUGGACGGAGCAGUCUUGUAUCUAGCUCCAGUAGCCCAGGUAACGAAAAUACCGUAACAGCGGGAAGUUCGCGCAAAUCGCAAGGACUUCUUAAGUCCAUCUUCUCUAGACCAACGCUGUUACAAGCGAGUGGCAACGAGGAUAAAAGUUGUACAAACAGUGCGAGAAAGGCUCUAUUUAUCGAUCCGGAGCCAAAUGAUGAAAAUGUUCCCAGCAAUCACCAACAGUCGUCACCGGCGCAUCAAACCAAAGGCGGUAGUACGGGUCUGCAUCGAUUCGACCAAAAGGCGGCCAAUUAUCUUAGAGAUCUUUCCUUAAUGUCGCUAAAGCUGCGGAAAUUAUGCGAGAAACAUCAAGAAUCCGAUACGCCUACCAUUAACGAUCCGUUGCAGGAUCAAGGGAAGCAAAAAAAGAACGAUGCGGAAGAAAAGUUGGCAGCACGCUGCCUAGAAUCGGUGGUCGAUAUUGAACGUUCGCUGCAAACUAUUCGGUCGGUACUAGCUGAUCAUAACAUCAAGGAAGCUACGCUUAAUGCCAUGGAGGAUGAUUUUGGACGAACGCCCAAAUCGGUACGGUUUCUGUUGGACUAGGAUACUACUGUUGUGCGUAUGUUUACGUUCAAUUCUUGCCUAAUCCCUUACCAUUUCUGUAAUAGUUAAGGGAAAUGAUAAAUUAAUCGUGUAUUUUCUGUACAGUUUGUUUUGCACCAAACUUCCAAAGUUUCUUUUUUUAAAUCGGUAGUGGUUAAUUGAUAUCAUUAUAUUUUUGAUAUAUGUUUGUACGUUCUGACGGUUUUGACGUAUUUGCAAUAAACGGCAUUACUGGAUAA